AAUUUCUGUGGGAAAAUCUGUAUAGCCAUUAACUUUGAUUUCGCUAUUGUCAAAGACCUUAGUUUGUUGUUAUCGUUGCCAGGAAUUGGGGAAGUUGUUGUAUGUUGUUGUUGCAGUGAUUUGCGUGAUUGUAUCUGACAGAUCAUUUUAAGAACAUAUUGAGUUUAAAAAAUGGCGACGUUAGCAUUGAUGCAGCGGAGGGCAAAUGUUCGCCUUCCACCAGAAGUAAAUAGAAUCCUAUACAUAAGAAAUUUGCCUUACAAAAUUACAGCUGAAGAGAUGUAUGAUAUAUUUGGCAAGUAUGGAGCAAUAAGGCAAAUACGUGUGGGAAACACACCUGAAACGAGAGGAACAGCAUUUGUGGUUUAUGAAGAUAUUUUUGAUGCAAAAAAUGCAUGUGACCACUUAUCAGGAUUCAAUGUCUGUAACAGAUACCUUGUUGUAUUGUAUUAUCAGUCCAACAAAGCAUUCAAGCGCCUGGAUAUUGAUAAGAAGAAGGAAGAGUUGGAUAAGAUGAAAAUGAAGUAUGGAAUUAAUACAGAAGAGAAGAAGUAAUCCUACUUCAGAAGUCAGUGAAACAUGCACCGAAACAUUUGUGGAAAAGACUCUGUAAACCCACUAUGGGGAUACAUAACUGAAGAGCUAUGUAGAUAAUUAUAUAUACUUAUAUUUGUACAUAUCAGAGAGAGAGAGAGAGAGAGAGAGAGAGAGAGAGAGAUUACUACCUUAAUGAUGUUAAAUAUGACAUAAUAUUAAUGACUACUAACCAAGUUGAAUUCAUUUUCAGUAGUCAUUUGAUGGCAGAAUAAGAACACUUUUAUGUAUGAGUAAAUUACUUCGAUAUACAUUUUUGGAAUACAAUGAGACAAUUAGUUGCACUUCUUUAAGUGUAAAAGAUGUAACUUUCAUGUAAUCCUGCUGAUAUUUGUAAAAUAUAAUAUUUAAAAUCA